AUGGAAAGUCCAGAACAAGGAGAAGGAAGCCGACAAGUAGCUUUGAGAUCAAAAGUUCAGGACAGUAAAAAGGUUAAAAAUAUGUCAAUUAUACAUUCAAAAUUUGAUUUUUUGGAUAGGCCCUGGUGGAAGCCCUCUUAUGAUGAACGCGAUGCUAAUUAUUUUAUCUUAAAUGCCAAGCGCUACCAACAUGCCAUAUUAUUAGCCAUUGACGAAAGCGACACGCUCUUUUGGAAGGGAUAUAUUGACCUUCAUCAUGAACAUUAUCUGCUCGAAUGUAUUUCUGUAGAAAGUAAUGUUGACCUUACUAUCGACUUUAUACGACAGGCUCUAAAAAAACCCGGGAUUCUUAAAUUAUUUUUGAGCUGGCUAUGCAGAAAAAUUUUUGCAUCUUGUUUCAUACUCGAAAGAUCUUUUCGUAUGAAUAGGAAAGUGAAAAACAUCCACGAUGCCAUUAAUGAUAUUUUCCCAUCAAUCUUCUUUUCUGAUCUUCCAAUUGAUCGGUUUACACCUUCGUUUGCACAGCAGCUGCAUCGACAAAUUGGAAAUGAAUUGAUUAGUAACGCGGGUCAAUAUAGAACGUGGUACGUUAUGGCUGCGCAAGACAACUAUGUAUAUAUGGCACCGGAUUUGAUCGAAGAUAAAAUGAAUGAGUUAUUCUGUCAAUGUAGAGAGAAAUUUGGAAGGACAGACUUGCAGUUGGAGGAGGCUAUUAAAUAUGGGGCGUGUUUUUUUGCCUAUUUCUUGAUGAUUCACCCUUUUAUAAAUGGAAAUGGAAGAGUAGCGAGAUUGCUUUUAAGUUACCUCUUAUCAAAAUUCACUGUGUUACCUCUUUCUUUAUAUACAGGAUCUAAAACACGAGAUAUGUAUUUACAAUGUCUUCGUGAAGCACAGUAUCAUGAUCCAUUUAAUCCCAGUGCACUUGCAACCUUUAUACUUGAAUGUGUAUACAAAACAUCUUAUAACAUAUGUGUAGUGAUGGAUAUAGAUAUUCAAAAUUAA